AUGGCUCCACUACUACUUCAUGCUUCUGCCAUAAAUCACAGUGCCCAUCCAGGGCUUAGAAGCCAUAUAGGACCCAAUAAUGAGCAUAUGAUCUCACAGCACCUAUCUUCUUCAUCACAAAAUACUAAGCGAAGGUGCAACAUUAGACUUAGGUCACGAGCUCAAAGGAUAAGCAGUCAGCUUGGAGGCCAAAAGCUGAAGCACUGGGAAGUCCCUAAAAGGGACUGGUUCCCUCCUAGCAUUACUGGAAAUAGAGACUUUGCCGAGUGCAAAAUUAACUGUGGUUGGAAUGAAGAUGGAAAGGGGCCAAGCACUUGGGAUCACUUCUGCCACAAUUUUGCGGACGAUUGGAUAGCGGAUGGGAGCAAUGGGGAUGUUGCAGCGGAUUCCUACCAUCUCUACAGAGAGGAUGUGAGAUUGCUCAAGGAAAUGGGCAUGGACGCCUAUAGGUUCUCCAUCUCUUGGCCCAGAAUACUGCCAAAUGGGACGCUCGGAGACAUUAAUGAAAAAGGCAUCGACUACUACAAUAACCUGAUCGACUUGUUGAUAGACAACGGCAUAGAGCCAUAUGUAACACUUUUCCACUGGGACACGCCUCAAGCACUGGUUGAGGACUACGGCGGCUUCUUAGAUAAGAGAAUUAUAAAAGAUUACACAGACUUCGCUGGACUGUGCUUUGAACGAUUCGGUGACAGGCCGGGACUAAAAUGUCCCGACCCAAAUGGGAACUCAAUCAAAGAGCCAUACCUUGUUGGCCACAACAUUCUUCUAGCUCAUGCUGAGACUGUUCAUCUUUACAACAGGUUUCAUAGGGGUGAAAAGGGGCACAUAGGGCUUGCGCUUAACGUAAUGGGAAGUGUGCCAUAUGGAAGUACGUUUCUCGAUGAACAGGCCCAAGAAAGGUGUAUGGACUACAACCUAGGAUGGUACUUGGAGCCAGUGGUUCGUGGUGACUACCCCCACUCCAUGAGAUCAUUGGUGAGGGAUAGGCUACCCCACUUCAAAGAAAAAGAGCAAGAGAAGCUAGUGGGUUCCUAUGACAUGAUAGGGAUCAACUUCUACUCCUCAAGGUUCUCUAAGCACGUUGACAUGACACCAAAAUUCUCGCCAGUGCUCAACACAGAUGACGUCUGUGCCACUGAAGAAAUUAUAGGGCCUGACGGGAAUACUAUUGGUCCUGCUACCGGAAAUGCUUGGGUCUACAUGUACCCUAACGGCCUAAAGGAUAUCCUUAUGGUCAUGAAGAAGAAAUACGGAAAUCCACCAGUCUACAUCACUGAAAACGGGAUGGGGGAUAUUGACAAGGGCGAUCUAUCCAUGGAAGCUGCGUUGGACGACCACACAAGGCUAGAUUACCUUCAGCGCCACAUCGCAGUCCUUAAAGAUUCAAUAGAUUGCGGAGUGAACGUGCGUGGCCACUUCUCAUGGUCUCUGUUGGACAACUUUGAGUGGUCUAGCGGCUACACCGAGCGUUUCGGCAUCGUCUACGUCGAUCGUGAGAAUGGCUGCAAGCGCACCAUGAAGCGGUCAGCCAAGUGGUUGAGAGAGUUCAACGGAGCUGCAAAAAGGACUGGAAAGAAUAUUGUUACGCCAGAGCUUAGAACACUGGCUGAUGUUUAG